AUGUGUGUUACUUAGAUUAAUUUAAAUCUUAGAUAUUUAAUUAAAAUGGAAUCACGAUCCUACAAUUUCUCCACUGCCAAAAAGAGAUCAACUCAAAUGGAAAGCAAAGUCAUUUUUUUCCCAAGAGAAGAUGAAAAUGCCCCAAGAACAAUUAUUUUGAAGUAAGAAUGCCCAGGAGAGCUAGCUGCAUUUAAAGAAUGUGUUGUGAGAACUAAGGAUGAAUCAAAAUGUAUGCAAUUCAAGGAUGCAUUAUUGGAAUGCGGUAAACCAGCUUUUAGAAAGGCCAACACUACUCCAGAUUAUCAAUUCUGAGCAGUAUUAAAGAGCAUAACAUAAAUAUAAUUUUAAUCACAAUAUCUUACAAUACUCCCCU